AGGCGGAACUAAAGGCACGUAAUAUUGUUUCUACCGGACACAUUUUAAGUAAGUACGCGUUCUCCCGUUGCCGUGGCAGCAAGAACGUUUGGGCGAUUUAUGAUGGAUGCUCGAGAGCAAGAUCUGCUGGUUGGCAACGAGAACAUAGUUGAGAUGCAGAAUGUGGAGGAAGAGGACUUUGGUAUUUCAAAAUCAUCAGAUGCUGAUGCAGAAUUUGACAUGAUAAUUGGGAACAUCGAGGAUAUUAUAAUGGAGGAUGAAUUCCAACACCUUCAGCAGUCUUUCAUGGAGAAAUAUUACCCUGAGUUUGAUGACUCUGAGGAAAACAAGCUCAGCUAUACACCUAUUUUUAACGAAUAUAUCGAGACCUUAGAAAAGCACUUAGAACAGCAGCUGAUAGAGCGAAUUCCUGGUUUCACCAUGGAUGCUUUCACAGUUUCACUUAAACAGCACAAAGAUGAAGUCUCAGGUGAUAUACUUGACAUCCUGCUGACUUUUACUGACUUUAUUGCCUUUAAAGAGAUGUUCAUUGAUUACAGAGCAGAAAAGGAGGGUCGAGGAUUGGACCUUAGUGCUGGACUGGUGGUAAAGUCAUUCAAUUCUGUUUCUUCUGCAUCUUUGACCUCCAACAUGGCCUCACAAUCCAGCUGAACCAAUGAAACAGGCAUCUCAUGUAAAUAAACUGGAUUAGUCAACACCGAUGAUUACCCCUCUUUUAAAAAGAUAAAUGGUUAUUGUAAAUUCCUUUUUGACAAAUCUCAGAUGAAUAUGUUCACUUUGUCCGAAGAGAAUCCAUGUGUAUUUUAGGUUAAUGUUUAAACAAUCAGGUAAACUAAUUUCUUGGCUGAUAUAAUUUCUCUGACAGUAUUCUCGUGAUCUCCUUGGUCUCUAAGUUCAUCAUAUCUUGUUGGCCUACUGUGCAGCAAAACAUGAUAGUUGUUUGGCCAGUGUAGAAGGCUGCAAAUAGUAAAAAUCUAUUUAAAAAAAAGUCUGUGAGCUGCUCUUAGAUGAAGUAUGCUCAUAGCUUUCACUUUUUUGUUAAGAACCCUUUAAUAUUCUUACAUCCUUUUAAUGCCUAAGUUUUACCAAAUAUAAUCCAUUUCACUUUAUCAGUAAAAAGGGCUUUUAUACGUAUAAUUUCAUUAAAAAAGUAUUAUAUAACAUGUCUGAUCAUUAUAAUUUCAGAAGCCUCCUUU